AUGAGCGACACCACUGUCGUCAACGCCGCUCUGCGAGAGAGUAAUAUCUUCCCCUUUUUCGAUUUUCCCGCGGAGCUUCGAGACCUGGUUUACGACGAGGCCCUGAUCGUGGUCGACACCAACCACCGCUGUCUCAAGCUAGAAGGUCAACUCUUGGUACUGAGUCUGCUGUCAGUCUCGAAACGUUUCAGCGACGAAUGCCGAGCGCAUGCGACCAAACACACCAGUAUCACCAUCACCGAGGAAAAGAAAUGA